UGGCUCCUUUUGCAACCCUUCAUUAGUACGGCGAGUGGUAGCUUCUCCCGACAACUGUUCCGGGCUCGCAUCAUAUAUGUUCACUUUGUGCACCACCCUGAGAUGUGGUUGCGAGCCCAGCCACUUAUAUUCCACAGACCUUCACCCCCUCGUGCUUCUUGUUCCUCUGCACCCUGCCCAGCCAACCCCAAGCCAAUGGAGGUGACCACGGCAUUGCUCAGAUGGUAUUCCACCCCCUCCCACCAAAGCCGUAGACCUAGUCCUUAGCUUCGUUUUGGUAGCCGGGUACAGACUCGUCCUACCCCUCCCCCCUUUCCCAACUGCCUAUCAUUUCUCAAUUUCUGUCCCGAAUCUACCCUGUCCUUCCAACUCAUUGUGCACUUCAGGACCAACACCUCUUGGAGAUGUUGACAUACAGAUGAAGAGCGAAAACAGCCCAAUCGAAACAAGAUGAGGCUUAAUCAUCGGUAAUCAGCUGGGGAAGGCAUCUGAGAAGUGCGAAGCGGCGGUGCCCUCCCCGCAGCCCCCGCGCGCACCUCGUGAGAGGCACCGCCAUCCCCUUCGCCUUGCCUGCCCUCCGUCCCCGGCAUAUUAUCUCCAAAGCCCGGUGUAGCAUGACUAUGGCUAGUACAAUGCCCUCGUCGUUAUUCCUGCGGCUAACGAAUGUCUGGAGGGCAUUGGUCCUUCGGAGUGAUGUAGAUGACAUCGUCUUGGAGCUGCUUGGACGCUUCUCUCUGGAAAGGAUAUACGCAGACGCUUCCGAUCGGGACACGUACCAGCAACUGGUGAUCACUUUGCUCUCACAGCUUAAAUCUAUAUUCGAUAUCCAACGGCUGACCCUCCCCGCCGACAAUGUCCACACCGUUUGGUAUCUGGGUUUUCUCGUCAGCUGGGAGGUGGCUCUGCGGUCCGUUGAGAUUGUUCUUCAAACCACUAAUGAGAGUCGCGAGACCAUCUGGGAGAACCGUUUGCUGCGAGAGAGAUAUCUGGCCGGUUUUCUUUUGUCCAGCCUUCGCGUCCUGACUCCUCACCCCAAAUCCCCAGCGAUCCAGCGAUCUCGAGACCGCCGUGAGCGUUUUGCUCGCAUUCACGGUCUCUUGGAGCAGGUUUUCGAUAGCUUUCCUGGCCCGAACUCGUUUCCACUCGCAGCUUGCAAGGAGAUCACUACCCAGCUCCAUCUUGACCCUCACAGCUUGGGUCUUCCCCCUGCAUUGGCAUCCGGACUACCAAAUUUGGCAUCGCAGCUGUCUCCGUUCCCCCUGUGUCUUCAGCCCGCUGCUAUCGCCGACAUGGUGCCAGCAGGCUACUCUGGAGACUGGCUUGUAAAAUAUCUAGCAUUACGAGACGUGUCGCAAUUUGUAGUUGCCGCCUCAAUCCAAUAUGCUGCCAACAAGGAGACUCGAGAACUGCGUCUCGAGCCAGCCCUGGCGCAUUCCAGAAAUGCGGUUCUGAGUGCGCUCGAUGCCCACUAUUUUUCGUAUAGUCUUACCGACACCCUGGACCUAUCUCAUCAAGACACCGCAGGGAUCUGUGUCGAGGAAUUCGAACUGGAUGCAUUGGAUGCUCUAUUCGCGAGGCUUGUAGCCCGUCAGGCUAUUCACCGCGUCAGUGACCGGGAGAUGGUCCAUAACAUGUCUCAGGUUGUCAGAAACAUUGCUCUUCAGGACAAUCCCAGUGGGCAGUUCAUGCCGAAUCAGCGGCCUGGUCUGUACUCUGUGAAUUGCCCGGAAUGUCACAUCAUAGGUGCAUCUCAGUUGAACCCAACGGACAUCAAUACUCCCACCGAACAUGGUCAUGUUGCUAGACAGCUUCCACCCAAAACAAGAUGCAUACACUGCGGAGAAGCCAUCACCAUUGCACGGGAGAUAUCAACAGUACGGCAAACUUGGGAACUACUGGAACCACUCCGUCUUGAUGCUGACACCGUCAGCCUGGAACGUCAUUUACCCACACAAUUUCUACUACGGCCGCCCAAGCCACAGACGAGCGGCUUCACGUCACUCAAAUAUGGCAAUACACUCGGUAUAGGAGCUGGGAAAUUGGGCGGACACGAAGCCUAUGGCUCUUCGCACCAACCAAAGAUGGUCCUUUCCAGCCCUCUAUCCAUAGAUCCCAUUGGCUCUCUGUAUACUGGGCUUCUGUCGCCUCAAAGCCCCAAUCACUCCCAAAGCCCAUUACCGCUACGUCAUCAACAAUCACAAGCAGACAACAGAAGCAAACUUUCGGACCAUCAUGACAAGCUUGAUCCAGCCUUGCUAACAGAUCGGCCCACCUUCUCCCACGACUCGCCUAUAUUUAAACGGCUGCAGCAUAACACAGAUGAGGCUUCAUCCAUAAACACACCGAGAUCUGUCCCCGUGGUAACGUCGGCGGAGAAAGGAAAGUCGAAAUGGAGGCUGAAGUUUACAACUAGCAAAAAACCACCUGCUGGCGUAAUAGCAGACUCGAGUUCCUUGUCUUCGACUACGCUUGAAGCCCAAAAGCUCGAGGAAAUCACUCUGACUCCCCCUUGUCAUCCAGAAACAUCAAGGGAGAGGGAAAUCGUCGAAGAAUAUCAAUGUUACUCUCUCGCAAAGCUCUACCCUCGCUCUAUUUUGGACCCAGCUGCUCAUACAUGUGUGGGAUGUUGCGACUUCCCCUCCCACCAUGAUGCGGGCCAUUCAGCCAGAGAGCACUUGUAUCCUGGCAGCCGUCGCCAGGACUCAUUCAGCAUAUGUUAUUGGAACAAGGGACCAGAAACUUACGGUUUGCAUUACCAUCUUUCUCCAUUUUUGACACAGUCUGACGACUUCUUGCAGCUGCGUAUUGUGAAUCUCGUGCAACCUACCGUCUCAGUUAUAGAGUACCGCAUCCCAUCCACAUUAUGGGCAAAAGCAUUAGCGAUUGACCGAGAGGAAAACCAUGUGGUGGUUGGUUUUGAGAAUGCCACUGUGCGUUUCUUCAAGGCAAAAACAUCAGAACAACCGCGAGAAGACCGUCUACAUGCAUCAUCGCACCGGGAUUGCAGGGGAUGUCCGUCAGUCGACACCCUGGCAUUCUCUCAGGAUGGGUUCACACUUCUAGCGAGCACAAGAAGUUCGAAAACGGGGCUAGUGCAGAUAUUUUCUUGGCGAUUCCCAUUUCACGAAUUCCAAGAGCUGGCAGCCUGCCGGUAUUUAAUCCCACUUCAAGAAUCAGAGGACAACGGUUUGUCCGCGGCCAUAUUUCGACCUGGAUCGGAUGGCGAGGAGAUGUUGGUUUGUAUUAUGACUUGGACCCAAUCCGGCACUCCUAUUUUAUUACAGCCGCAGGACGGACACAGGAGUGAGAUUAAAGUUGACGGGUCUGGUAAAUCCACCAAACUAAGAACCAGAAUUCAGUGUGCUGCCUUCUACCCCUCAGGCCGGGAGCUAGUCAUGAUUAACGACAGAGGUUACGUUUUUCAAGUGUCCAACUUGAAUUCCAGCCCCAUCGAUAUCAGAAGAGUAGCUAUCUCGAAGGAGCUUACAGCAAAAAGUGAAUCGUUCGCCAUGUCAUUUGUGACCAUAGCGGACGAGGAAAAUGUUCUGGUGGCAUGGGCUGAUUCGGCGAGAGCCACGGGCUGGAUUAAAAAGAUACCCAUGACAGGGAGGGCAAAUUUCGCAUGCCCUGAUACAUCUGGGUCAUCAUCAUACUGUGCGAUGAAGGAUUUAUGGGGCCACCAGUUGAGCUUGCUGCUAUUGAGAGGACCCGCGAGCUGCCAACGGAAACAGACGGUGGAAGAUAACUUCAAGUCUGCUACAGUAUUGAGUACCUCCUAACUCAUAAACUAGAAACCCAGCAAUGGUAAACAA